GCUCUUUCUUGACCCUGUCUCCUUUCUGUUCGCUCUUGUUCUUAUUUGUUCUUCCAUUACCUCUUGCCGCCUCUUCUUCAUCACCUCCUUCAUCUACGCCCGCCUCUUGUCUUUGUCUGCCUCAGUCCCCAUCCCUGUUGAAUCUGCAAAAGGGUCCCCCCGUCUCUUUUGGUUCCUUUUCGGUUUCCUCCCCUCCCCUGAACUGAAGCACAAACAAAGAAAAAUACAUACCAAACAUCAACCCCACCCAACAAGAACCCCACCAAAUACCCAACACAGGACAAACUGAAUGGCGGCCUCCACCAUCGCAACAAAUACAGCUUCCCCUGCAGGGACUGCAGACGCGAAAGGAGUAGUCACCAACGGUGCCCUAGCGUCAGCAGGAGCAAACGGCGUGUCUACAGCAGGAGCAACACCAGCAGGUGCCGCCGCCAGCAACAGCAACAAUUCUGGCACCGAGGUCUGGUCAAGCCUGUUGAAGAGUGUCGCGUCCUCGCGGCUGGUACCCACAAAAGAUGUCAUCAUCCUUGGCGACCCUCAUUCGGGCAAGUCCACCCUGAUUGAGCUCCUCAAGACCGCACUGCCGACUCCUUCCUCGAAUGGCCUUGCAAACGGUGUCGAUGGCUCCAAGACUAUCAACGGAGUUGCUGCAGGACCGAACGGAGUUUCCAACACGGGCAAUGGCCCUGCGCCGGUGAUGGUCGAGAUGGGCACGGGCACAAGUGAGGACAAUAUGUUUGCGGAUGGACAAAAGAAGAAUGACCUGGCUCUGAGCUACUCCUACUGGGACGUAGAUGACGAUGAGCAUGAAGACACCGUGGCGAGAUUGGGCUUAUAUCAGAUUGCAGGAUCACACAAGAGUUAUCAUGCGUUGCUCAAGUACUGCCUCAACACGAAGACGAUUGCAGACUCAGUCGUGGUCAUUGUCCUGGACUGGUCAAAACCCUGGACGUUCAUGGAGACCCUGCAUCGCUGGGUCAAGGUCCUUGAAAGUGCAAUCCAGCAGAUCUGUCAAGAGGGUGCCGUGGCAACAGCGACCUGGACCAAAGGAAAGGCCAUGAUGGAUGAGCUCCAGGAGAAGUUGAGCCGCUUCCUUCAGGACUAUAACGAGCCACAGUCGAAUCAAUCCGCGGGAACCUUCAAUGAGAGUCAGACCUUUGGCAUUGGAUCGACUGAUGCCCAGUCCGUUCUUUUACCCUUGACAGAGGGAUGUCUCACCAACAACACAGGAGUACCUAUCAUCAUUGUCUGCACAAAGUCCGAUCAUAUCAACAAUCUGGAGCGCGAACUGGACUACAAGGAGGAGACAUUCGAUUAUAUCCAGCAGUCGCUGAGGACUAUCUGCUUAAAAUACGGCGCCAGCUUGUUCUACACAUCGAUUCAUCAUCCUCACACAUAUGCCGACCUCCGCCAGUAUAUCUUGCAUCGACUCCUGACUCCGUCAACGCUCAACAACCCCCAGCAGCAACAACAGCAACAACAUCAGCAGCCGCAGCAUCAGCAGCCAUCGUCGUUCCCGUUCAGGUUGCGCGCGCAGGUUGUGGAACGCGAUCAGGUCAUGGUUCCCUCUGGCUGGGAUUCAAUUGGAAAGAUCAAGGUGUUGAGGAAUGGCUUUGAUUGUGAAGGUGUCGCUGACGGAUGGGACAUGGAUAUGAAGCAGGAAGGGGCACAGGCUGACGGCGCUGUAGUCUCCGCAGGAUCACUGGCUGGGGCUCGACAGGUAUAUGAAGAAGUCAUUACCAACCCAAAGCACAAUCAUGCACCCGCAGCAAUACAACCAUUGAUCACUGCAGAGGACGACCAAGUUUUCUUGGACAGAUUUUUUGAAACAUUACAGCGUGCCAACGACCGGACCAGUAGUUCUGCAAUGGGCGGUGGCGUCGGAUUGGGAUCUCAUGGCGCGCAGGGACCGCCAGUAGUUGGACCUCUCAGUUCAGGAUACACAUCGAUGCUCAACAGCCAUCACGCUAGUCCGCCACCUUCAAUGUCGACCGCUCAAUCGAUCGGCAGUGGUGGACGAUCAGGAGCGAACGGACUUGAUGUAGAUGAUGUCGAGGGUCGUUUGAAGCGCCUUACUUCAAAAUCCAAGGCAAACGGUGGCGCCAGCUCCUCUAACCUGAUUGGUCCGGCAUUGACGGAGGCAGGGCUUCACGAGAAGAAGAUGAAGAUGAUGAUGGACCAAGCUCGAUCACCGCCUGGAUCGGGCGUCUAUGGCAGCGCAGUGUCCUCUUCUAUGGGAGGCAUGGGCUCAACAGGAGCCGGCCUUGCUCGUCCAGGCGGUGUUGGUAGUACAGCAGCAGGCACCAUUGGAGGCGCCGGUGCAGCGACAGGACAGGCGGAGUCAGCAGCAAUCUCACACUUCUUCCAGUCCUUGAUGACUCGCAAGGGCACUGGCACGCUCACGGGCGGUCUCGGUGGUGCGGGGGGAGCUGGUGGAUCGGCAGCCGCUUCUUUGGCCGCAUCUCCAUCGGCCUCGGCUAACGCGGGAUCGGCAGGUGCACCUGGCAGCAAUGACGCAUAAUGAGCUUCCAGUAACAUGAGUAUUUUCAACAGAGUAAAAAAAAAAAAAAAAAACAUCCCACUUGCGCGACGGCAUGCAGACCGUGGUUGGCUAAUGUCCGCUUGGGUUGGACAGGUUAUCCUAGCCAAAUCUUGGAACGGCCUACUGUCGCGCGCACCAUCCCACCAUACCUCAUGAUAAAGAAUUCGCCUACUACUUGUCCAUUUCUUUGGUAACAGGUACAGCAGGCACAACAGUUUGAAAUCGCAUCAAUAAACAUACAAGAAACAACAGUUGAGUGG